GCCACUAAAUUAAAGAAAGGUUUUAGGCUAUCGGAUUAAUCUGCUUUACAAAAUGAAUCCGCUGUCACUUAUCACUCUCUUCAUCUCUCUCCUCCAUGUCCUCUCGGCCGCCGCUACCGCUGGUUACAACGCCACAGACAUCAUACUCCUAGACUGCGGUGCAACUUCAAACACUAUAUCACAGGAUGGCCGCAAUUGGGAGGCCGAUCCUUACUCUAAAUAUUCCCCCUUCAACAACCCAAACGCAUCGUUUUCUUCCUACGCCUCCAGCCAACUUCGCUCUCUUCCCCAAGAUCCCUAUCCCUCCGCACUUAUCAUUUGCUCUAAGUUUACUUUCAGUUUCCCCGUGCUUUCUGGUCCAAAAUUCAUCCGUCUCUACUUCUAUCCAGAAACAUAUUCUGGUCUUGACGCAGCUACCUUCUUCUUCUCCGUCACUGCCAACCAUUACACCCUCUUGAAUAAUUUCAGUGCUUCUUGGACGAUUCACGCCCUGGGCUCCUUCAUCAAAGAGUAUGUUGUCACGGUGUGGGACGGCCAGAUGCUUAACGUAACCUUUACUCCAUCACCGGACUCUUUCGCUUUCAUUAACGCCAUCGAAAUUGUUUCCAUGCCAAGCCUCCUGUAUCUACGUGGUAGUGAAAUCCCACUUGUGCCUGCAGAGGGUGGUCGUUCCUUCAAUUUGGAUAAUACCACUGCUCUCGAGACUAUGUACCGUCUCAAUGUUGGUGGAAAGAAAAUUGAGAACGAAGAUGAUACUGGAAUGUACCGGACAUGGGAUCAAGAUGAGGAUUAUCUGGUUGCAUCAAAGUGGGUUACUGUAGCUGAUUCACCGAUUAAAUAUACCCCAGACACACCGGAGUACACUGCACCGAAGGAUGUUUACACUACCUCACGCAUGAUGAGCGAUGAAUCUUUGUUCAAUAUGGAAAGUAACCUGACAUGGAUUUUCACUGUCGAUGCAGAGUUCUCCUACCUCGUUAGGCUUCAUUUCUGUGAGGUCCUUAGUUCGAUCACCAGAUCAAAUGAAAUUGUUUUCAACAUAUUCAUCAAUAAUCAACCGGCGGUGAAACAAGUAGACGUAUUUGACAUGGCUGGUGGCUCUGGGAUUCCGAUUCAUAAAGAUUAUAUAGUUUUAGUCGGGAAAGGUCCUAAAGCGAACGAACUCCGGCUAGAUUUGCAUCCUGAUCAAUCAUCAAAACCCUCAUAUUUCAAUGCUUUCUUGAACGGUUUAGAGAUUUUCAAAUUGAAUCGGAAUGAUGCAGGGCCAAAUCCUAAUCUAAUCGCCAGUCCUCAAUCACUGAGACUGCUGCCAGGAAGUCUACAAAGGGAAGAAAAAUCAACAAUUUUGCUUAUGAUCGGAGCUAUUCUCGGUGGCUUUGCUCUGUUUUCUCUCCUCUUGAGCUUCUUCAUUUUACAGAGAAGGAAACUAAAAGACUCGCUCUCUUUCACAUCAAAGUUUGCCACAAGAACCUCCUCCUCGCUACCGUCCGAUCUCUAUCGUCACUUCUCAAUCGUUCAGAUCAAAGCGGCCACUCAAGAUUUUGAGGAUACAUUUUUAAUUGGAAGAGGAGGAUUUGGCAACGUUUACAAAGGGAUUAUCAAUGAUGGGAGCGCUACCAUUGCAAUCAAACGGUUAAAUCCUUCAUCAAGGCAAGGGGCCCACGAGUUCUACACCGAAAUCGCCAUGCUUUCGAAUCUUCGACACAGGCAUCUUGUUUCUCUAAUUGGAUACUGUGAUGAUCAUGACGAGAUGAUCCUGGUGUACGAUUACAUGGCACGUGGCACACUCCGUGAUCAUCUCGACAAAACCAAGAAUCCACCAUUAUCAUGGAAACAGCGACAAGAGAUCUGCAUUGGGGCGGCGCGUGGGUUGCAAUACCUCCAUAGAGAGGCAAAGCAGGUUAUCAUCCACCGCGAUGUGAAAUCAUCGAAUAUAUUACUGGACGAAAAUUACGUGGCAAAGGUAUCAGAUUUUGGUUUGUCGAAACUGGGCCCUACAAGCACGGCCGAGAACCACGUCAGCACAAUGGUGAAGGGUAGUUUCGGGUAUAUAGACCCAGAAUAUUAUCGCUUGCAGCGACUGACCGAGAAAUCUGAUGUGUACUCCUUCGGUGUGGUCUUGUUUGAGGUGCUGUGUGGUAAGCCACCGAUCUUCCAAGGCUUGUCAGAGGAGAAAGUGGGCCUGGCUCAAUGGGCCCCUAAUUGUUUUAAAAAAGGAAGCCUUGAUGAAAUCGUGGACCCAUAUUUGAUAGGCCAGAUUACGCCGAUGGCCUUGCAGAAGUUUGGUGAGGUCGCAGAGAAUUGUGUGCGCGAACGUGGAAAUGAACGGCCAACAAUGAGGGAGAUCGUGGGGGCAUUGGAGUUUAUAUUGCAGCUUGAGGAAACCGUAGAGGAAAACGCGAACAGCAGCAAUUCUAUCUUCACUAAUGAGCGUUCAAGUGAGAUCACAAUAAUAUCUCAAUCCACAUCAAUCGAUAAUGAAUAGUCAAUUAAGAAAUUAGUUAAUGGUAUUUCUUAAUAGUUACUAGUCUGAUUUUUACUCAAAAGUUGAUUAAAAAUACCUGUUAGUAGACGAUAUGUUAAAUUUAGCCGCAUGUGUGAUUAGUUGUCAGUAAGAGAGUGCAUGAGACUACUGCUUGUUGAUUUUGUGUGAUUGGCGUUGGUUGUCGAUGCCAUUGUUUGUGUAAUAGGCAUGUGUGCACCCAGCUCAAGUCUUGUUCUUUCCCCACAUUUUCCAUUUUUUUUGGUUGCUUGCGUAGAUUUUUCUAGAUGAGACCUAUAUUUUACCAUUUAUAUUAUAUCAUAUUGUAAAAUAAAAAUUAUUAAAUUAA